AUGGACUCUUUCGACGAACUGAAACAGAUUUUCCUCAAUCACUUUAUGAUCCAGACGGAUCGUCUAUACUCUGCCGAUGAUCUUUACACGAUUCGGCAGAGAGAAGACGAGCCCCUAAGGGAGUACGCAGCGCGCUUCAGUCAUGAAUACUCGAGGUGUCCGGAAACGGAUGACAGAGCAGCCUACGGUGCCUUCAAGAGUGGCCUUCGGUCCUCUCACUUUUGGUACCUCGUGUAUAGCAGCAACUGGCGCACAUAUGACGAAUUGAUGAAGCAAGUGGCAAUUCACACCAAGGCUGAAUAUUUCAACUCAAAGUCUGGGCCUUCGGCCUGGCAGGAGGAACCAGCCUCGAAAAGCUACCUAGGGCAAGGAUCACCGUACGCCCCUAGGAGAAAUGAUGAACCCUCGGCGGGACACAAACGGAAAGACGACCGUAACAAUCGACAGGGUGGCUCUAAGAAAGGACGAGAAAAAUACGGUCGCAAUGACUACCGUGCGCCCUAUCGAAUCACGACCGCACGCCGAAAGUCUUCACUCAGUUGA